GAAGAAGAAGAACCUGACGCGCAUGCGUGGUUGUGGCAAACUGUACGUGACAGACAGCGUCCCCGUCCGUGUGUCCUGUGAGAUGCGAAGAACCGGUCCAUGGGUUUGAGUCGGCUCGAUGUAUUUUACCGAAGACUGCUCCUCACCAAACUCUUUAUUGGGGGAUGGGGGAGGCCUGAAGAUCUCAGAAGGAUUUUUGAGUUCCGUAAGUUCAUUGGGGACAGAGAAAAGUGCAAGUCUCUAGUAUCCGAGGACUAUCCAGUUUACAUUAACAAGACAGAGGAGCUUACUGAUUGUUUCAUCCACGAUGGCUUCUUCUUCUCUCCUCUGGAGCAUCUGGUGCCAGGAAUCUUGCCACAAGAGGCGGUCAAAGCCAGGUUCCAAUUCAUCGUUCCUAAGAAGUGGCAGAAAAACAGACCAGUAUGCAUCCAUUUAGCUGGAACAGGAGACCAUUUCUUCUGGCGUCGUCGGACCCUCAUGGCCAGGCCCAUGAUCAAAGAGGCAGGAAUGGGUUCACUGCUUCUGGAGAAUCCCUAUUAUGGCUAUCGGAAACCCAAAGACCAGCUGAGGUCUUGUCUGAAGAACGUGUCAGACUUGUUUGUGAUGGGCGGAGCUUUGAUUUUGGAGUCGACGGCUCUUCUUCGAUGGCUGGAGAGAGAAGGCUACUGGCCCCUAGGAAUGACUGGCAUCUCCAUGGGAGGAUAUAUGGCAUCACUGGCAGUAACCAACUGGCCAAAACCCAUCCCUCUGAUUCCUUGUUUGUCCUGGUCCACUGCCUCCAGUGUGUUCACCACGGGUGUGCUAAGUAAAGCAGUGAACUGGACCGAGCUGGAGAAGCAAUAUGCCAUUAAUUCAGUGUAUGAAGAGGAGAUCAUAAACUUGCUGGAGUACUGUGGGGCUGAUUCUUUUAAGAUGGGAGCUGAACAAUGGAAGGGAGCCGACACUUUAGAUGAUCUGCUUGGAUUGUCUGGAGACCUCAGGCAGUCGGUGGGCCAACAUGUAGAAGCAGGAAGGCCAGCAAAACCUGCUGAAGCUCCUGAAGGGGGAAGGAAUGAAGACAGAGGAGUAUCACCAUCCAUCAGCAGGGAAACAAACAAAGAUCUUCUGUCAAGAACUUUAGGUGCUCACAGCACGAGGCACAGGACGAAGUCAAAUUUAACCAAAUGUUGUCGGCCGUCUCUACACAGCGAGUCAAUCAGCUUCAUGAAGGGCGUGAUGGAUGAAUGCACGCACAUGGCCAACUUCUCUGUACCUGUGGACACCAACCUCAUCAUCGUGGUCCAGGCCAAAGAGGAUGCCUACGUUCCUCGAACAGGGGUCCUCAGUCUGCAAGAGAUCUGGCCAGGAUGUGAAGUUCGCUUUUUGAAUGGAGGACAUAUCAGUGCUUACUUGUUCAAGCAAAAUGUUUUCAGACAGGCCAUAUAUGAUGCAUUUAACAGAUUUUACCUGAAGUAUCCAGACCUGCAGUAAAGAUGGG